AUGCGGCAUAAGUCGGUCGAAGUCGAGAAGGAAAUUUCGAAGGGUUGUCCCCAGGGAUCGGUGCUUGCGCCGCUCCUUUGGAACCUCAUCUUCGACGAUCUACUUAGUGCCACCAUGCCUGACAGGGUUACCGUCUUCGGGUACGCAGAUGACGGGGCGGUCGUGGUGGAAGCUGGCUCCCGACCUGAGAUCGAGCACAGGGCCGAUCUGGCACUCGCUUCGGCCCUCGAGUGGGGGAACCGAAACAAGCUCUGUUUUUCCGUGGAAAAGACCGAGGCGCUUAUUGUCAAAGGCCCUCACGCACGUUCUCCGCUGAUCCGGAUGAACGGUGCCCGAGUCAAGUUCGUACCGCAGGCGAAAUACCUAGGGAUCAUUCUCGAUCGGAAACUCAACUUUGCGGCGCACGUUAACUACGUCGCAUUAAAAGCAAAAAGUCUGGCACUUCGGCUACGGGGGAUAGCCGCCACACGAUGGGGCCUACGGGCACCCGCACUAAGACUCCUAUACGCGGGAGCGCUGGUGCCGACAGUCACUUACGCAGCAAGUGUCUGGGCCCACCGGCUGGUGCAUAAC